AUGAAGAUAUUGAAAGCUGAAAAACCAUACAUUCAAGGCAGUUCAUACUAUGGAUGGUUCUUGGACCUCAACUUGAACCAUUAUUUGGAUGAAAAUGACAGUGUAGACUGCAACUCGAGUUCCCACAUGACUUUUACUCAUUCCCCAAAGGAAGCCUCCUCCAUGAUAGUCGACGAACUCAAUCACAUAACUUCUGGACAGGGUUUUGGGGGUACAAUUCGUACAGUUAAUGGCGAUCUUGAAUGUGAUGGUGCAAAUCCAAACACUGUUAACGCUCGUGUGAAGUAUUAUAGGGAAUAUUGUGAUAAACUUGGUGUUGAUCCUGGCAAUAAUAUUAGGUGUUAG